UUUCUUCCGUUCCCAUUCGCAUUCGCAUUCCCGUUCCCGUUCUCACCUCCCUGCAUUCGUCUCUCUUCGCGAAAGGAACAACGCAGCAGCGAUGGUGGAAGACCAGGUGGAGCCCUCGAUCGCGCCGGACGCAGGAGGCGGCGCCACCCGGUUUCUCCUUCGCUCUCGGCGCGAGCCAUUCGAGCACGGCCUCCUCCCGAUCCCCAAACUCAUCUUCUCCGAUGGGACCGUAACGCUCGCCCCGCUCGUCGACAAGAUCCUACGGAGAUCCGUCCCGCAUCCGCACCGCGUCGACUCUCCUGACCUUGCAGACGCCCUCCAGAUCUUGCUCGACCACGCCCGCCUGGCGCUCGACACGCUUGCCUCCGUCCACCCCUCCGACCCAGCCCCAGAUGGCACCGUCGACGUGUACGACCUCGUUGUCUUCCUCUACAUCCAAUCCUACAAGAGGCUCGUCCCCCGGUCGCACAAGGACUCGGCUGCAAUCGCCGAUGUCUGGCCCUCCACCUCGGCCUUCGACGGGUAUCUGUCGGCCCUCUCGCCGCUUCAGCUUGCACGAAGCAAUAGUCGUCGAUUUAUGCCUUCACAAGCAGAUGAAGAAGCUCAUCAGUUGUCGUACUUACAAAAGCAUAUGGGGAAUAUACUCGCCCUUUUGGCGGAGCCUAUCGAAGAAGAGGGUGACGAAUCUCUGGUUUUGACAAUGGAAAGAUUUGAGCAUCUUGGUUUCCUCCUCCAUUUUUCUGAAGGUAUUCGGUUGAGCCAAGCAGCUCCUUUUUUUGCUAAUUCAGAUCCAGAUAUGCCAGCUGCACCUGUUUCUGCCACCCAAGUCCAUGAAUGGGUUGUACAAAACAUAAUUGCUUCUUUGGAGCACAAUGCGGAGAAGGCAUUAGCAAAAGAAAAUGGCUUUCUAAAAAAUACUGCAGAUAUUGAUGUGCCUAUGGCAGAUGCCAGCCUAAGUCAUCCAAAGACGCAAAGCAGAAGCUCUCUUUCUGGGGCCUCAUCACCUGUUAAUCCAGCUUUCAGGACAAAUUUAACCUUUGUGGAGGGUAUGAUAAAAGCUUCUGUAGUCAAGCAAUCAUGUGAUAUAAAAGGAGAUUCUAUAAAGGUGCUAAAUUGCCACGAUUCAGUGAUUUAUAUAUUAGCACCUCUGAGAUAUGCCACAGUUUAUGGAUGUUCCGAUGCAACUGUUAUUCUGGGUGCCGUUGGUAAGGCUGUUAGAGUUGAGCACUGUGAAAGAGUACAAAUCAUUACAGCUGCAAAACGCAUAUGUAUUGCAAACUGCCGUGAGUGUGUAUUUUACUUGGGGGUUAAUCAACAACCCCUUUUUGUCGGGGAUAACCACAAAUUGCAGGUGGCACCAUUUAAUACCUAUUAUGCUCAACUGGGAGAGCACCUAUCUAAAGUUGGUGUGGACUCUAGCAUCAAUAGAUGGGACGAACCCUUGGUGCUUGGGAUGGUGGAUCCUCAUGAUUCACUAUCUCACCCUGCGGGAGUGUCUGAAAUUCAAGCCGAAUCUGCCACGUGCAUCGAUCCUGAUCAGUUUACUAACUUCUUGAUUCCUAACUGGUUUGGAGCUGAAUCGCUGCAAACUACAAGAUACAAUCCAUUUCCCUUGCCUGAAAUUUAUGGAGCAUCCCAGCAGAAGAAGCAUACAAACUUGCUCGUUGUUCAACAAUCUAUCAGAGAUGUGCUACUUGAUGAAAACCGGAAGCGUGAACUAGCAUCUGCCCUUCAUGGUCAUUUCAAAGACUGGUUAUACGCUUCUGGGAACAUUCGCCAGCUCUAUUGUCUACAAGCUGAAUGAACUGUGCUAAAGCAAAGGUAAUCUCAUUCCCACACUCUCCGUUGCUUUCCAAAAUAACAGAAAGUUCUCUCCUCCAUUACGAAUUCUCGGGGUUUUCAAUAAAAUUUUCAGCUGCUCAGUUUGCAAAAUGUUUCAGCGAGAUGUAAGUUUAUCGAGCUCGUGUAUUUUCUUUUUUUGGUUUCCUUAACUCCCUGCUCCUCUUCUUCUGUGCUCUUGUCGGGCCACACUGCUAAAUUAUAGUGCAAUUUUGAGGAUUGAAUUCUGAGUAAAUGUAUUCUUCUUUAUGAAAUUUCAUGAAUCGUGUGAAGAUCGGUUUUACAAUAGUAUACAGACAUGAAUAUUGAAAUGCAA